CCCAGCCCACACAGCUGCGCCCAGCCCUGCGGGACCCCUGGGGCCCUGGCCGUACUCCCCUAGCCUAGGACAGCUGGUGCCUCCCAUCACAAUGAGCAUUGUUCUCUCCAGGGACAGCCGGGUGAGGGUAAUGGAGAACACCGUGACCAAUGCCGAGAAGUACUUUGGCCAGCUCUGCUCGCUGCUGGCUGCCUACACCCGCAGGACGGCUCGGCUGCGGGACAAGGCUGACCAGCUUGUCAAGCAGCUCACUGACUUCGCCAACACCGAGAACCCAGAGCUGUGGGCCACCAUGAGGAACUUUGCCGAGGACCUGGCCAAGGUGCAGGAUUACCGGCACGCCGAGGUCGAGAGGCUGGAGACCAAGGUUGUCAGCCCCCUGAAACUGUACGGGGUACACAUCAAGCAGACACGGGCCGAGAUCAAGAAAUUCAAACAAGUCCAGAAGAACGAGAUCAAACAACUGGAAAAGCUGGAGAAACUGAGGCAGAAGUCCCCUUUAAACAGGCAAAUGAUCUCCCAGGCAGAGACCAGUGUGCAGAGGGCCUCAGCGGAUGCCAGCCGCACCACCCACCAGCUGGAGGAGGUGAUCGACACCUUCCAGAAGCAGAAGCUGAAGGACCUACAGAAAAUUUUUUCAGACUUUGUCACCAUCGAGAUGGUCUUCCAUGCCAAAGCGGUGGAGGUAUAUUCCAGCGCCUUCCAGAUCCUGGAGAGCUAUGACCUGGAGAGAGAUCUGGAGGAUUUUAGAGCCAAGAUGCACGGGGUUUAUGGACAUUACAAUGCUCGGCCACUCAAGGAUACCAUGCCUUCCCCAGCUGUCUCGUGGGCUCUUACUGGCCAGCCACGGAGGGGAAAAGCUGCCCUCUGCAAACUGCCAGACCCUGCCAAGGAUGCAGCAGUCGGUGCUCCUGGACUGGAGGAAUCCGUUCCGUCAGCGUCUACACUGCCCACUCUCACUCCGUGUGGCCCCGAUCAAAGUCCAAGGCGGCUUCAAGAAACACAACACACAACCCAAACGCGGGUGCAGCCCGAGGAGCCCGAACAGCCAAAGCAGAGAGGAAAGACCAGCAAGCUGGAGGCCUCACGCUCCCAGCGCCAAACCAGAGCAGCGCAGCUCCGCGGGGCAGGACGAGGCCCCCCGGGGACCAGCCAAGCACCCACCAAGCACGGCGCCACGCCUGUCAGCCCAUCGCCAAAGCCACGCGGGACACGAGCUCCGGCCACCGACCAACGAGCCCCCCAGGUGCCGCAUCCAGCCCUGCCCACCGCGUCCUCCCGAUACUCGCCUCUCAGCCGACGGCGGCUCCCCUCCUCCCCUCCUCUCGCGUCCUCCCCUCCUUCUCCCGUGUCCUUCCCUGCUCCUCCCGCGCCCUCCCCUCCUCACCUCCUCCUUCCGCAUCCCUUCCUCCUCGGCGUCCUCAUCGCCUCCUGUCAGCGGGCACGUGGAGACGGAGCGAGGCGGGAAGACGCAUGCGCGGUGCAGGGCGGGGUGGGGGAGCUCCGCUGCCCCCCGCCGGCCCUCGGGGGCAGUGCAGGACGCCCAGCCCCAGUUCGGUGGCCGCGUUGGGGCCCGCUGAAUCCCCCAGGUGUUGAAAUUCAAACCGAAUGGAGCCAAAUAUCCCAUGCCUUACCCAAAGAUAGUUAAGGGACAAUUAACUGGAAACCGUAUAGAGUGAAA